CUCCCACCUCCCACCUCCCACCUUCUUCCUCCUUCCUCCCACCACCUGCCUCCUUCCUCCCCUCUCCGGUCUCUUUCCCCCAUCUCCUGCCUCCUGCCUCCUGCCUCCUGCCUCCUGCCUCCUGCCUCCUGCCUCCUGCCUCCUGCCUCCUGCCUCCUUCCUCCCGCCUCCUACCUCCUGCAUCUGAACAGAUACGGACCGCCUCCGGGUCCUCAAAGAUAGCAUGGCUUACACAAGGAAGCAAGUCGUGACUUGCAUCAGCAUCAUAUACAUCAUCUUUAGCACAGCCUUGUCUGGCUACGCCUCAUCCCGCCUCAACAGACUUUCAAUCCCCGUCUCCUCGUCGCUCUCCGGCUUCACGACCGCGCUCCCCAUCAUCGCCGGCCUGCUUCUCGAAGGCAGCUACGACCUCACUCGCCGACAAGAACGACGCCAUCGUCUGCCUCGUGGCGCCACGACCCGUCCCCCGCUUGUCAUUGUCGCCAACACCAUCAUCUUCAUAUACUCGACCGUCGUCAUCACCCUCCUCGGCACGCAUGCUGCCCCGCCUUCCGGGCUGAACUGCGGCCUCGAGGGACGGUGGAGAGAGCUGUUUAAACAAAAAGACAGUGAGGCUAUUCGGACGAUUCAGGAUGCCUUCAAAUGCUGCGGGCUCCUCAAUCCGCACGAUCAGGCCUGGCCAUUCCCGGACAAGACCCACAACGCCCAUGCUUGUGAGGAGGCGUUUGGAAGAACAAACGGAUGCCUUAAUGCAUGGAAGGGCGAGGAGCAGCGCGUGGCUGGCAUUCUAAUGGCUGUUGUGGGGCUGGUCUUUGUCUGGCAGUUCGCAAUCAUAAUAGUCUCCACUCGGCAAACCUCGUGGCUCCGCCGCAUCCUCCCUGGUCGCUUCUCCCCCAUGAUUGCUGACGAAGAACACGGCAGUCCUAAUGGCCAACGCCGCGCAAUCCAACAUCUUCCAGACUUCAACCGCUACUCCGACAACGCUGUCGCCGAAGUGGAUGACAGCGAGGAAGAAGGCGAACCCCAACGCGCAAUCGAGGCAAGUGACAGGGAUGUGGAGCCGAUUAGGAAAGCUGUGGCUGGUUCUGGAAAUGCAGAAGAACCACUGCAUUCUGCUACACAGAAUGAGUGGGCGAGGCAAUGAUGGAUCCAUGGCUACGCUGCAAAUUACGGUUCGGAAUCAGCGGAGCACGCUAAUGCAAGUACCAUGGGCUUAGCGGGAGGGUUCACAGGUAAUUAAAUGCGCUCGAGAGAAUGCCAUAACCCCUGACCUCUUUCCUUCCAAAAUAAUAUUGCUGGUAGAAUAAACUAUAGGUUUCUCAACCCCAAUGAUUCGGUAUCUUCUUUCUUUU